CAAUGCAAUAUUGAGGUCGGUCGCUACAUUAACCUGAUUGACAUCCGGUACAAUUUACUUUACGUCAUAAUUACGUUGACAUUGUGUCAAUGUAUUUGCUUUACAGUAGCUACAUGGAACAUUAAGCAAAUGCAUGCACAUUUACAGUGUGUAGUUUUCGGGCAUAGUUAGCUCGGUAGUUCUCUACUCUGCGGCUGGCUGCUCAGUUUCUGAUUGACAGAGUUGAGGGGUGGGGACGCAGGGUGGGGUCACAAGCAGGGAGAGGCGGAGGAGAAACGAAGAGAGCGAGAGCCCAACCCAGUAGGCUACACGGCAACAACACACCGACAGAGACGCGACUGGGGAAGGAAAUAUCUAGACGACGCAGUGGAUAUGAUCUAAAAUAAUAACGGACGAGGCAAACAAUACAACUUUGUCCCAAAUAGCUAAUUGAUUCCUAAGGUGGAAAACUGCCAACAAGAUUACUAUUAUUCAAAUUUACCCCACCCGAUCGACCCCCCCUCUACUCCACCCCUUCACCGGCGCUGCACCCUAGCCACCGAGAUGCACACCGAGACUCGAAGCAAGAAAUGCCUGUCGAGUCCUAAGAAGGCCAGUGGUGGUUCCGGCUCCCAAGCACAACCCAAGGAGCCCCAGCCCAAGAAGGAGACCCAGGCCCAGCCGCCCAAGGUGCCCAAGAAGGAACCAGAGGCCGAGCCCCAGACCCAGGAGGAGGGAGAAGGAGGUGAAGAAGACGACAUGCCCUCAAUACAAAUCAAACCCGAACCAGAGGAGGUGGAGUGUACGCAGGCCGAAGUGGGCGAGGAGCGUCCCCAGCCCACCAAUCUCAAGAUCAAGACGGAGAAAAGCCAGCCCGCAUCGCCCCCUCCCCUCUGCACGGCCACAGACAUGACCACAACGGGCCGGACGACGGACAAUGCUCCUCUCCCCCCAGAGGACCAAACGGAACCUGUCGACCUGUCAAUCGGCAAGCCACGCCCCUCCCUGCCCGCCUCCGCGCCAACCACGACAGCCAACCCAGCCCCUAGCUCAGUGGCACUGCCCACGCUGUCGGCAACAUCCAUCCCCACGGUAACCUUUCUAGACACCAUGAUGCUCACGCCUGGCUCCAUCCUGGCAUCCACCCAGGGGGCAGGCGGUCAGCAGAUUCUGCACGUCAUCCACACCAUCCCCUCGGUCAAUAUGCCCAGUAAGAUGGGCCAGCUGCAGACCAUCCCUGUUGUGGUCCAGUCGCUGCCCGUCGUCUACACCACCAUGCCCACGGACGGCGUGGCCACCGCCGCCAUCACAGUCCCCCUUAUCGGGAGCGAUGGCCGUUCGGAGGGAUCUGUGCGUAUCAAGCCUGGCUCGGCUUCUCCAGUGGAGUACCAGAGCGACAGCGAUGUGGAGAGCGGGACAGAGUCGGGGUCAGCUUCCCUCAGCACACCGUGUCCGGACACAGGGUCGGGGAUGGACAUGGACAUGCAGGCAGAUCCUGAUUCGCCAGAUAUGAAGAGGAGGCGUGUCCAUAUGUGUGACUAUGAUGGCUGUAACAAGGUGUACACCAAGAGUUCACACCUCAAAGCCCACCGCAGAAUACACACAGGAGAGAAGCCAUACCAGUGCACAUGGGAGGGCUGUACCUGGAGGUUCGCCCGGUCCGACGAGCUGACGCGACACUUCCGCAAACACACGGGCAUUAAGCCCUUCCGCUGUACCGACUGUGACCGCUCCUUCUCCCGGUCCGAUCACUUGGCCCUGCACCGGAGACGCCACGUCAUGAUGUGAAAUGUGACCCCUUUGACAUUUUACCUUCCGACCCUGGACCCUACCACCUAUUGCCAUUGCCCUUUGACCCGUCACCCCCCCCCUCCUUCCACCAGAACUCCAAUGGAACUCAGAAGGGUGGGGCUGAAGUCUGAAUGCCUGGAGGUUCUCUGCUGUUUUGUUUCCUGUGCCCCUCCUCGCCUUGCAUUGCCCCGCCAUCCAUUUUGAGCUGCAGGUUGGUGCGGAGAGCACGUAAUUGAAGAGACGGAGAAUGAGUAGAAGAGUUGGUUACUGUUUUCCAGUUGCUUAGGGCCUAAAAGGUGUAGUUACGCCGCUCUCAUCUCGAAACCCACAGUACAACCCGUCUCCCCCACACACCCCUCACAGUGGGCGAACAGCCAACAGCCUUCUACUUCAACAGUCCCCUAUCCAUCUGGGUGUAAAUCCAGUGAAGCCUGAUUGGGAUAUUGAAGACAGGACAAGGCAGGACAGAGAGAAUGAGAGACAGGAUAGACUUUGAAAUGAUGCAGGGAUACCCUCAGCAUUGAGGAAGAUGAGGAGGGAGGAAGAGGGGCAAAGAAGGAUAUAUGGCUUCUUUGUUUCAUUUGUUGAUUUCGGAAGGAAAGAUACAGGAAGAUACUCCUCAGCUGUCUGAUAGCAACUGUUUACUGUAUUUGCUUUCCCGUCUUCUGUUACCCAGCGUUGCGUGCAUGAGCUGGCUUUCUACAUGUGUGCGUGGGUGAGCGCAAGUGUGGUGUGUGCUAUUUUAAAGACAGUUGAAGAUGCACCAUGUCCUCUCCUUCAUGUUCCUUCUCAAGUGGAGUCACUGCCCCCCCUCCUCCCCCAGUCCCCUAAAACGGGAAGCUACAAGACUGUGAAUUUUAUGAGACAAGACUUCUGUUUUUUCUUCAUUGUUUCAAUCAGAGAUGAAUUCAUGUUGACCUGCCCUACAUUUAUAACUCGUUGUUCAGUAACAGUAUUUGUGUUGUUUAAAAAAAAAACAAAUAAUGCCUUCUGUCAUCUUCUUUUCCCUUUCCUUUUUGUCCUUUCAUUGUCUCUUAACAGAAUAAGAACCCUGUUUUUUUUGUCUUUUUCGAAUCCUUAGAUUUAGUGUUUGAGGCUGUGAAAGUAUAAGGAGAAAAAAGUUUGAGAUUACAAACCAAACUCUCGCAGGGAUCUAGGGGAGCUUGUGUAUGUGUAUGUGUGUGUGCGUUUGUGUAGAAAACAUAAUCAGAACUGAUGAUUUUAGUUUGUUGAUGAAGUGUGUGUUUGUUGGAGGCAGCAGUGUGUUUACCUCUCGCCCGUUGGAGCCUUAAUGAAUUUGAAGUCAAUCUACGAAACUCUGUUUAGAAACGCACGUUUGUUUCGGUCUUCAGGGUCACCCGGGAAACGGGGUCUUAUCGCCCUGACGACACACGUCACAAGGAACACUCUCUAGUUACAAGCAUUUCUACCCAGAUCAGGGUCCGUAUUUACAAAGACCUCCAGAGAAGGAGUUCUGAUCUAGAAUCAAGUCCACAGCGAAUGAGUACUGAUCUAGGAUGACCCCUGUUGAUAUGAACAUAUAAUUAUAUUUAAAAAUGUUUUUAAAAAGGCAAAAAACGAUUCUAGAUCAGUACUCCUACUAAAAGGUGGCUGUUUUUGAGCUCCUGCUCCCUGGGUUCACUUGAUUAUGCAACCUCCACAGACCUCGCUUCUAGCGCUGUCCUGAAGCCAGCGGCUAAGUAUGUGUUGCUACUAGGAACGUCCGAAAAGCUUGCUCCAAAGUCCAGACUGGAGUCAUGGGUAAAGUAUGUGUUGCCGAAUGGACAGACACAGACCUUGCUCCUGUAAGCGCUGUUCUGAAGUUGGUUAAAUACACUUUCCUCUGGCAUGCACAGCUUCUGUGGUGCAUACAUGCAGAGGGCAUAUUAAAGGGCAUGUAAACAAAGUGUUUGGCUAUCGCUAGCAGUCACAGCCAUAGUCAUUUCAAAUGCUAGCUAACAAAAACACAAUAGCAAAUAUUUAGCUAAGAUCCAUUUUGUCUUGACAAUAGAAAACAAAACUAAGUGCAGAAAAUAAUGCUCGUCAGACUCCAAACCCAGCCUUGGUGUUAAGUUGAGCGCAUGCCUGAAGCAGCGAGAUAUCUUAUUGGUCCACAUAGAGCAAUGCAAUGCAAUGUUCUGCCGAUUUUCUAUCAUUCUCCGCUUUGACUCCUAACAAUGUUACUAAGCACAUCUUUCUAGAAAAGUAUAUGCAUUUGAUUGCAAAUUUUCUUUUUUUAAACUGUUCAUAUUAGACAUUAAGGACUAUGAGAAAUUAUUAAAGAAGAAUAAAAAGUGUACAUAUUGUAUAUAUAAUCAAAAAGUCCAUAAUAAAUGUAACCGGUGGAGUUCUAUUUUUAACACUGACUAGACAAUGUGAAAAAUAUACUUUUUUUCCCCCUUUCCUCAUUUGUAGGAUGUAUUUACAAAUGAGAUGUGCUAUACAUUUGUAUUUUAUUUCGUUCUCCUUUUUUAUUUCUUAAAAAAAUGGUCCCACUUGUUUUGUGCUCACUGUUGUUGCAUGGAGGGUUGCAUUUCGUUUUUUUUUGUGAAAGUUGGUGAGCAUGUUGGUGUGAUCCUGGGGCUCUAACUUAACAUAAUGACCUGCAAUAAGCACUGAAAAACCACAACUAUGGCUGAUUCCUAAAUGCCACCAUUAUCCUUAUAUAAGGACUGGGGUUCCAUUUGAGACACACGCCAUGUUGGAAAGUAAAAUAUUUGUUAUAAUUGAUCAAAUCCCUCACUGCAUGGACAUACCAAUGCUGGUGAUGUGUACGAUAUACCAAAACUCAAUUAAAAUAAACUAAGUGCCUGGUUUUCACUGACACAGAUUAAGCCUAGUCCUGGGCAUAAAAACUUGCCUCGAUGGAAAUCUCCAUUGACCUUGAUUUUUUAAGUCCAGUAUUAGGCUUAAUGUGUCUGUGUAACCGGCCCUAUGUUCCCCUUUCAUGUCCAUUGUACCACAAAGAAGAAAAUACAGUACAACUUCAAAAAAGUAUGAUACAAUUUACCAAAGUGGCGGUCUUCUGGCCAACAAAUACCACCGUAGCUCAAUUGAUGGUUAAAAUGUGUCAGAAUACAACUAUAGUCUGGAUGCUGUUAAACUCUCAUCCUAUUCUCUAUUUAGUGUCCUAUAUUGCCCACCAUAAAAAUAUUUUGACCACCGUCAAAGGUGGAACAAUAUUUGGAAAAUAUGCCAUUUAGGGUGUAUAUUAUUGUACUGUAUAAGCACAUUUUUCCACUAGUCACCUAUCACUUUCAACAAUAUGGCACCGUAUAAUGAAUGUGUGACUUGGUGGUCUGCGUGUAUAACUGUGUGUGUUUGUGUUUAUAAACGUACGAGUGGGUAAAGGUGUGAGUGUGCCUCUAACGUAUCAAAACUCUUAAGAAUCAGAAUUUUAGGUAUUUUAUAUUGAAUGCAGUAACUUAUGGGCCAGUACUAUUACUAUUACUCAGUGCAAUGCAGUUAUCGUUAUAAUACAAGUCAUUAAUAUUAUUUCUUUUGUAUUUGUACAGAACAAAUGUGUAAGGAUCAGUGAGGAAAACGUGAGCUUUUUGAUACUGUGAGAAAUGGUGUUCCAUUAAGUCAGUUUCCCCCCUGUACAGUUGUGAUUUUCCCCCACUCCUUUUAUAGAAUAAAAUGUUUUUGGUGCA